UCCUCCGAUGCACCAUAGAGAGACACAAGUCAAAGUGGAGCGCUGCGUCGCGCCCCUGUGACGUCACGCAGGCGCCGCUUGCUGAAGGCUUUCUCCGCCCAUCGUGGUUCCGCUCUCUCUUUCCCCAUCAGGCUAGGAGGAGGCGCCAUCAUGGGAGUUGACAUCCGCCACAACAAGGACCGAAAGGUUCGACGCAAGGAGCCCAAGAGCCAGGACAUCUACCUAAGGCUGUUGGUCAAGCUGUACAGGUUUCUGGCCAGACGCACUAACUCCACCUUCAAUCAAGUUGUACUGAAGAGGUUGUUUAUGAGUCGCACCAACCGGCCACCUCUGUCCCUUUCCCGGAUGAUCCGGAAAAUGAAGCUUCCUGGCCGGGAAGGCAAAACAGCUGUGGUCGUGGGGACUGUAACUGAUGAUGUGCGUGUCCAGGAGGUGCCCAAACUGAAGGUGUGUGCUCUUCGGGUGAGCAGCCGUGCCCGGAGCCGCAUCCUCAAGGCUGGCGGCAAGAUCCUCACCUUCGACCAGCUGGCGCUGGACUCCCCCAAGGGCUGUGGCACUGUCCUCCUGUCUGGUCCUCGCAAGGGCCGAGAGGUGUACAGGCAUUUUGGCAAGGCCCCAGGAACCCCGCAUAGCCACACCAAACCCUAUGUACGCUCCAAGGGCCGGAAGUUCGAGCGCGCCAGAGGCCGACGGGCCAGCCGUGGCUACAAAAACUAACCUCGGGUCUUUACUUGUUAUUAAAAAGAUUUUGGAAGCUAA